AUGUCGACUAGGAAAAGAUCGAGGGAGCGCGACGACAAGCGCGAGCACAAGAAACACAAGACGACGUCCAAGGAAGACGACGAGAAGAUAAAAAGUCAAAUGAAGAGGCUCAACCAACAAGUACAAAACCUCAAACACAUCGAGACAUUCUAUGAAAAACCUCCACCUGGAUACAUUAAGGAACAUGAGGAGAAGCCCGAGGACUGCAUUCCUGCUGAACCUGGAAAUGAGGGCGCGCGCAAUUUCCUGGCCAAUGCACCUACCAAGGGCCUGUGGAUGCCGCUGGGCAAGGAAGUGAAGGUGAUGCAGUGCUGGAGAUGCAAACGCUACGGCCAUCGCACAGGAGAUCGCGAGUGUCCGUUUUUCAUCAAAGGCAACCAGAAACUGGAGCAGUUCCGCGUGGCGCAUGAAGACCCGAUGUACGACUUGAUGCGGGAAAAUGAAAGGAACGAGAAAGAAAGCAGAAUCCAGCAACUGCAACAGCUUCUCCAAGACACAACGUCAUCCUCCUCGUCUUCAGACUCAGAUAGUAGUGGCAAGAAGAAGAAGAAAAAGAAGGACAAGAAGAAGAAAGACAAAAAGAAGAAGAAAAAGAAGCGGAAGAAGAAGCAUAAGCGCGAGUCGUCCUCCGAGUCUGACUGA